AAAAACCUGCCGACGAAAGUUAAAGGAAAAAGGGGUACGAAGUUCUCUUCUCGCGAGACUUGCCAGCGGCCAUCUUGCUGCUGUCCCUGACAGGUUCUCCUGUCGGGGUCACAGGGACGUUAAGACCGCUGCGUGGACCUUCGCUGAGCAUGCUGUCCCGAGUGGUGCUUUCUGCCGCCGCCACAGCGGCCCCCUGCCUGAAGAACUCAGCCCUCCUAGGUCCAGGGGUAUUGCAAGCAACAAGAAUCUUUCACACAGGACAGCCAAGUCUUGCCCCUGUACCACCUCUUCCUGAAUAUGGAGGAAAAGUUCGUCUUGGGCUGAUCCCUGAGGAAUUCUUCCAGUUUCUUUAUCCUAAAACCGGUGUAACAGGACCCUAUGUGCUUGGAACUGGGCUUAUCUUGUAUUCUCUAUCCAAAGAGAUAUAUGUGAUUUCCCCAGAGACCUUCACUGCUCUAUCAGUAGUAGGGUUACUUGUCUAUGUAAUUAAAAAAUAUGGUGCCUCUGUUGGAGAAUUUGCUGAUAAACUCAAUGAGCAAAAAAUUGCCCGAUUAGAAGAGGUGAAGCAAGCUUCCAUCAAACAAAUCCAGGAUGCGAUUGAUAUGGAGAAGUCACAGCAGGCACUGGUUCAGAAGCGCCAUUACCUUUUUGAUGUCCAGAGGAAUAACAUUGCUAUGGCCUUGGAGGUUACUUACCGGGAACGGCUACAUAGAGUAUAUAAGGAGGUAAAGAAUCGCCUGGACUAUCAGAUCUCUGUGCAAAAUAUGAUGCGUCGAAAGGAACAAGAGCACAUGAUAAACUGGGUGGAGAAGCAUGUGGUGCAGAGCAUCUCUGCACAGCAGGUACACAAUGUUCUAUAGCUUCUGAAGUUGUACUGGUAUCUCUGACAAGCAUCUGCUCAUGUUUUAUUAAGGUAGGAAUAACUGGCAAGCAAUUUUUAGCCUACAAACAGCAGUGUGACCCUGGUUUGUUUUUCUGGCUAAUGAUAAUCUAGAAGAUGUUAUGCAAUUGCCAUGACAGCUUUCCUCAAAGGUUGGUUACCAAAAUGGCUUUCACCCCAUAAAGUCAAAAACACUGAUUGUUGAGAACACUGGCUGUAGCAGGCCUGUGUUCAAGUUCCAUCAUGUGAGUAACAUUAACCAACAUAUUUAACUUUUCCAUAAAAUAGAGAUUGGACAAGG